AAAUGUUUUAAUUCAAAAAGAUAGCCAAAUUACCAUUAAUUCUAAUUUUAUGCGAAUGUGGAAGAGAGUUUCUAUAAGAAGAAAUGUAUUGUUGUCUAUCGUAAUUAUUAUUUGUUUAUCUUAGAUGUUAGAACAGUAUUUGUAGAUAUUGUACAUCAAAUGAAAUUUUUUGCUAUUAUUGUAGAAGUUGUGGAGAUGUCUAAAUUACAAGUGAAGCUUCCAACCUUACUAUAAGUUGUAGUUCUUGUUUUGAAUGUCCAAUUUGUAAAAANGUCAACAACACUUAGGACACUCUUGACAAUUUACUUUAUCCAAGAAGAAAUCAAAUCUAAAGCAAAAUUGAUACCGUUAUUGGAUAUUAAGAAGAGAAUAGAAAGAACUAUGAUGAAGCUGUUCUUGUUAGAGAAUAAGAGCAUGAAGCAUUUGAAGCUUAAGUUGCUGAAUUAAAUGAUGCUACUGCUUCAGUUGAUGAUGCACUUGCUCUUUUAUCUUCUUUGACCAAUCCAUCAUUACUCUAAAUUAAGAGAUUCUAAAAUACUUUGAAAAACAUUGAAACCAAACUUAGAUCAAGAUCUAGAAUGGCUCCAAUGAUUAAGGCUCUUAUUGCUUUAGCAUCAAAUUAAAACUUUUCAAAUCAAGAUGUUUUGAAAUCAAUUGUUGAUGCUCUUAAUGAUUUUAGAAAUGCUGUUGUUGAUUAAAUCAAUGAUUUAACAGCCUAAGAAGCUUAAGAUGUUGUUGAUCAUGAAGCUUAUCUUGAAUAAUUAGAUACUGAAUUCGCAGAAUUUGGAAGAUAAAUAGACAGAGCCACUGUUGAUUUGACUGCUACUAAUGGUAUUUAAAUAUAUAUAUUAAUAAAUAGAAAAAAUUGAUUCCAUGGUUGAAUUUAGAGAUUAAAGAGCAGCUGAUUAAAAAUAAUACACUGCUGAAUUAGAAUUAGAGAACAAUACUUAUGCUGAAGAAACCGAUAUCUAUACCAACACUAAAAAUGAAUUCACCAGAGAAUUGGGAAUCAGUGAAUAAGCUUUAGCUCUUGUUUAAAGCGUAGAUUUCUCAAACAUUUAGGUUUGA